AUGAGUGCUCCGCGCCCUUUGUUCUUUUGCUCCCGUCCUGAUGGCACUCUCACUCCACUGAUGCCGCUUGACGAAAUGCCAUUCGGCAUGGUCUUCCGUGGUGUCUCGCGCGUGAUCAGCCCAAGCGAGACCCAGGGCAUGACCAGCUGUGGUGUGGCCGUCAAACGCUCCGAGGGCUGGGCCAUCGAAAGCCACGGCAAAGACCAGCCGAUCAAGGACCUGGAAAUCAACCAGAAGGUCCGCAAGAUGCUGGUCGAUGUUCUCAAGCUGGAGAAUAUCCCUGCCACCCUCCGCCAGGAUGUCUCCGACCUGAUCACUAAAGGUCUUGAGACCCUGGAAGUCACUGCCUCGCAGUGCAUGGCGGUCGUCCCGGCUCCAGCACCAGCUAUCGAGGCGUGCCCAAGCACUGGGGUUGUCAACCACCAGAAGCCACAAGGCUCGAAGAAGAAGGAGUUCUGCUCCUACUGGAUCCGUCACGGCGAAUGUGACUACCAGCAGCAGGGGUGUCUGUUCCGCCACUCCAUGCCAACCGAGCCCGAGGCGCUGGAGAAACUGGGUCUUCGUGACAUCCCACGUUGGUACCGUGAAAAGUUCGGCCUGGCGAGUGUCCUUCAACAAGGUGGACGACUUCAACAGCAGGCAUUCAUCACCAUGGAUGCCCUGCCUGCCACCCAGAAGGCAAUCCAGUACGCCGACCAGUCGGAGGUCACGCAGCCCGCCAACGUUGCCAUGAACCACCAUGGCCAUCCACGCCACACCCAAAGUCCAGGCUAUCAGUACCCCCGCGGGGACAGCUGGGACGGGGCUCAAAGUCCCUCCGUGGUGGUUAUGGUGGCAACGGCAUGCAGGGAAGAGGCCGUGGUGGUCACCCAAAUGGCCCCUAUCACAAGACUGGCCAAAGUGCCAGGCAUUGGCAGUUUCCCUGGUCAAAAUGCUCCAAUCGGCCCGAUUGCCCAGCCAACGAUUGUAAAUUUCCGCUUCAACAAUGCUCCUCCGGCCCCGAGAACUCGACCCAACUCCACCUUCGCUCAGAUUGUUUCCGGUGCCGGUGGUCUGGCGACCCCGGCCGCUUCGCCCAGCGCGGGCUCCAGCAACACCAACGACUCUGGCAGUACCACUGGGAACAUUUUUCAAUCAGAAAAUGGCACCGUCACUCGAUCUCGAACCCACAAGGCCAUUCAUGAGAGCAUCAUGAACCCCGAGGACGCUGUUGGGUCUCUUACCCAGGGCAUAGGUCAACUCGACUGCUUCGGGCUCCCUCCGGUCACCAAGGGUGUGGAAGACUUCCGCAAAGGCCGCCGGCUAUUCGACGGGGGCUUCGGCAACGAUGGCACCGAUGAUUCCUGGUGCGAUGUCGUCGACGAUUUCGUCGACGUUUUCGAGGAUCCCGCUUUCGCAGAAAUUGGGGCCAUCAAGCAGCUGGUUUCCUCUGAUCACACCAGACCAGCAACAAGCAUCCUCAACGCCCUUGUUGCAGAGAGCGAGCCGCUCGAGAACAAGCUGGCUCUGGCCAACUGGGGGCCCAUCGGGAGUAAGACCAAGCACCCCGAGCCGACCAAGACUUCUGCCUCUCUCGCUGCCAGCAAGGUAGAAAUUGCCAAUCUGAAGGAAGCUCUCAGCAAGACCGAGGGAGCACCUGGCCCGGGCGGAAGCUCGGCCAUUGACAUGGCUCGCAUGAGCUAUGACAUGUCGAGCUCCUUCUCCCGCAAUGGGGACAAUGCCGCUGCUGAUCUAUGGUUCGACUUCGCAUGCAAGGCUCACGCCAAAGCCGCCUUUGCCUGGCGUCGCAAGGUUAACGGCGAAUUCGGCUCAUACUCUCCGAAUGGGCCAGAUGUCUACACCACCUGGCGGAGAAAGCGUGGCGUCAAUGACUACCCGUACGUCACGGGUAGCCGUGCCGAGGAUCUCUCCUGCGGCUUCCGCGUUCCUUUCCCGGCCCCUCGCGAGUGUGCUCGACGAGAUUCGUGGCUUCGUCUCCAGAAGAGACUGAUGCACGAAUCUGUGCAUCACUGGAUGGGGGCAUAG